AGGAGCCCCAAGAGUAUAUAAUAAUCAUUGCAACAGGGCGUUAUCCCUCGCUCCUAGAACUGGUGCAGAACAAUUCAUAGUUCACCGUCACCGCCCAUCGGCUUGUCUAAGAUCGUACGACCCCUCUGUCCGCGAAACACGUGACACCGCGUGGGCCCCCCCCCUUCAAAGCCGCCACGUCAUACCUGCGAAUGAUUUCCCCAUUCCAGAAAGCUGCAGGGAACAAAAAAAAUAAGAAAGGAGGGAAAUUGGAGAAAAUCCGAAACUGCGCAGGCAUAUUUCAUCUCCAUCCAACUCAUCUGGAUGAUCGUCUCUUCACCGCAUCUGUUCUGUGAUCGGUCUUCACUCUAAACGAGUUCAUCUUAGAAUCUCUUGUUUUAAUUCAUCUCUCGUCAUGUCCGACUCGACCCUCUACCUCUACACCUCCCUUACUGCGGGGUCAUCCCACAUCGUCACCGCCACUGCACGAUUGGAGACCAUCCUGAAGGCCAACAAGCUCCCGUUUCGCGCAAUUGACGUCGCCACCGACGAUGCAGCUCGUAAGCUCUGGGGUCGUCGCUCCAAGGGCAAGAAAUUGCCGGGUUUGGUGAAAUUCGGCACCGUGGUCGGCGAUCUAGAGGAAAUCGAAGAAUGGAACGAGUACGGUGAGCUGAGGAUGCAGGUGAACAGCGUCGAAGACUUCGACAGUAUGCCUGCCACCAGCUACCCAGCUCCCACCGACACGCCCUCCGCCACAUCCACCCCCACCCCCGAUUCGGCCGCUCCGAAGCAGAGCACGAUCAAGAUCCAGAACCCUCCUGCUAAGGAAGCGCAGAAGGAUGACUCCAUCACUGUUGCAUUGCGCCAGGCCAGCGAGGAGGCGGCUUCCAAGGCCAAGGAGAACAGCGCGAAGCCCGAGAAGGCUCCCGCAGCCACGGGAGAACCCAGCCCGCAGCCGCCUGCCCCUGCCCCUGCCGCCGCCGCCAGCACAGACAAGAAAGAAGAUGGCGGAGACUCAGUACGUCGGAAAUCAUUGGUUCCUGAAGAUGCGGAAAACCUGAAGCGUCCGCCUCUCAUCAUACCAGAGGUUGCUGCGGUCUCGUCUGCCAACAUUCAUGCUGAUAACGCCCAAGCUCUAGGGUUGGUGGAACACCACCGUGGCUCCAUAAUUUCGGCCACGUCCCCCGAAGAGCAGGAAAAGGUCAAGCAGGACUUGCGCAAGUCCAUCUCUGGCGGUCGUCAAGAGAUUCUUGAUGCCCUGAAGAAGGAGAAGGCGGAGCAGGGUGCUGCUCAGGAUGAACCUAUCGAGGAGGAGCCCGCAAUCGAAGAUGGACCCGACGUCAAGGAUACGGAAGCCAAGAAACAAGAAUCAACUUAAUCAGGAUGAUUUUGACAAUCAUUACCACCAACUCCAGGCAGCCGCUAGCGGUGGGAAUUAAUCCGGGUUGUCUGUGUUGCAUAACCCUGGUCAGCUGUGCUGUCGGGAUGACGAACACGACAUGACAUCACACUUGUUUCAUUUGGCUUUUCCUUUGUUUGUAAAGAUACCAGUUGAGUGUUCUUUAGUACCUAAUUCGAGGAACUUUGCGGGUUCGCAUGUAUUUAUUUAGGUGUUUCUGUUAAUUUAUUUAUAUUGUAGCUUUUUUGCUGGGGAU